AUUUUUCUUUUCUCUCCCUUCCUCUUUCUGUACUAUUUCGUCAUGUGUGAAGUAUAAAAGUCUGCGUGUUGUCUUUGACUUCAUACAGACACCAACAUGUCUCUCCUUCAACAAGUCAUCAUUGCUUCCCUGGCAGUCUUCGUGGCCGCCCAGUGCCCCUCGGAUUUUUUCGAAUCCGAGGGUCUUUGCUUCAACGUCAUUGACAAGCCAGGGCAAAACUUGACAUGGGAGGAGUGCAGGAUUCUCUGUGAGAUAGAGGAUGAGGGGGAGUGGAAGUCCGACUUGGCGGUCUUUGACAAUGCCGAAGAACUGGAAGCAUUCUCCAUCACCUGGCUGGAGAUCUCCAAUACGCUGCCCGAGCAUCCCUACAUGUGGAUGGGUGUGCACAAGAAGGACGAACAUUGGUUCACCCUGGACGGCACUCACAUCACCCACCAGAAUCUAAUGUGGCGCGUGGGUUAUCCUCACGAGACAGGCACCCACGCCUUCCUGGAGGAUAUCACCAAGACCACCGGCGAGAACUCGUAUGGACGUCUGUACAUGAGGACAACCAUACUCGGCGAGCACGAGCACAACAGCCGCUGUCUCUGUGAGGCCAACGUACGAAAGUGACGGAAACAAAAGAUCGUUGUUGAAGAAUCUCGUCCACAUGGCAUGGAAGAGAAAUUUUGCUAAAAAGAAAAGAAAUAACUUUCAACUGACUUUUGUGUUUGGAUGAGAUAAGACUGAACUCUUCAGUCAUCCUUUUUAAGUUGCACAGGCGCUGUUCACUGAAAACUGACCCACGUUAGUAGAAUGUGUGAUUUAGCUAUCUAUAAACAGACCUUCAUUUCAGCCACUGUAUUUGGUCUAUGUAGUUUCUUAUAAGAAACAAUAAAGAAUUUUCAUUUCAA